GGUUAUUUCACACAAAACUUGUCUGAAUAUAUAGUAUACGGUUUGCGAGAUAUGAUGGUGUCAAAGCUGCACACUUCUUACCGGAUGCCCAUGAAGAUUUUUGGGGUUCAAAGAGUUGAAAUCCGAUUAGAGAGCAUCACGUCAUGUUUUUUCAUUUCUUUGUCACCAGGAGACCCAUGCACUACGGGAGACGAUUGCACUGCAGUAAAUGAAAUUUGCCAUUUUGUCGACGACGCCAAUUGUCAUUGUCCAGUUGGAUUCAAAGGAGUCGACUGCAAAGAACCUAACACUCAAUUUAUCGACGAAAAAUGUGAACUACCCGAAGUAAUACCAUCAACAUGCGACGAUAUAUCAGACGAGUGCGGAGACGGUUGUUCUGCGGGAUUUAUAUGCUGUUCAACAAGUUGUACAACAACUUGCAUACCUGAUGACGAAUGUACAACGACCGAGCAAUGCCCGGAAAAUAAAAUGUGCGGUAAACAGCCAUUUGAACGUAAUACCUGUCGUUGCCCAAUUGGAUAUAUAGGAGAUGAUUGUAUGGAACGAGAAGAUGGCGUAGACGACAGAUGUCCUUAUCCGAAUGAGCUGAUUGACCUUUGCGAACUUUCCGAUCUAGACAUCCAAUGUAAUAGUGAAAACAGAUGUCCGGAAGGAGAAACAUGUUGCCCAGGAGCUGAUGGAUGUUCAAGCAGAUGUCUUACAUUACAAACAACCUGCACAGCAUCCGCGAAUUGCCCAGCAAAUAAUAUGUGCGCUCAGGACGAGACAGGCACUGUUUGUGCUUGUCCAUUUGGAUAUACAGGAGAUGAUUGUAUGGAACGACGAAGUGGCAUCGACGACAGAUGCCCUUUUCCCGACAAUCUGAUUGAUAUUUGCGCCAUUCCCCAAAUAGACUUCCAAUGUUCUGAAAAUGUUAACAAAUGCCCGGAUGGAGAAAUAUGUUGCCCAGGAGCAAAUGGAUGUUCAACCAACUGUAUUCCAAUAGGUUGUAAAGACCCCGUUGAUCGUAAAACAUGCACCGAUCACAACAAACUCUGCAUGGACGACGAUUCUACUACAGGUUUCAACUGUCGAUGUCCUUUCGGAUACAGCGGAACCAUGUGCGCCACACCAUUUGCCGGUUUUGAUGAGGAAUGUUCAUUUCCCGAAGUUCCUGGAGAUACUUGUGAUGAGUUUGAAACCACCCCGACCUGUACGAAAGCUGACGAUUGUGAAGACGAUGAAGUAUGCUGUUCAACAGGUUGUGGAACGGCUUGUGUGGAUCUUUCAGAUCCAAAACCACCGGGAAAGAAGAUUGACUUUGCAUUAAUUGCACUGCUUUUGUCCACACGCCGACAGCGACCUCCUGUAGCACCAGUAGUCCCAAUUCAUCCAGUAGUCCCAAUUUAUCCAGUAUCCCCAAUUUAUCCAGUUUCGCCAAUAUUACCAGUGGCACCAGUUCGUUGCCCGUCAAAUCGAUGUGUUUGUUCAAAGAACCUCGGUGCAAUUUGUGAACCAAGUAUAGGAGGUUGCGUCAAUAUCCGUGAUCAGCACACCAGGAAACUCAUCACGCCAUUAUGCAAAUGCAAUCCAGGUUAUCAGAUAUACAGCCCUUGCUCUAAAGAUAAAUGUCUCGACAUGUAUGGAAGACGAUUAGUGUGCCCGGGUCAUCCGAAUGCUAGAUGUCGCGUGACUCAGUGUGGAAGAUGCCAGGCAUAUUGGAUGGAUAUUUAUACAGGGAGACAAGUUACAUGCCAAAGAAUACAACCAGUAAACCCAGGUGCAGCAUGUGGUCCCGGAGAGAUUCCGGUUCUAGGAUGUCCAGAUGUAUGUCAACAUACUAAGUGCCCGAAUUAUCAGUAUGCAACUUGUACGGUUCGAGCUUGUAAUGGGUGCACAGCAAGAUACACCUACCAGGAAAGAGAUGUCACGGCAGGUUGUCAUCAAGUCGUGGGAUAAGAAUGGCUGGAAAAACACUCACACUGGACUGAAAAACACUUUAAAACCACAAAAAAACUAUUUUGAGCUAAUAAGUCUGGUUUAUAUAAGAACGCAAUAAAACUUGAAUCCAGCAACUGACAUUCCUUUUUUUCCUGGAAAAUUCAGUCGUGACGGUCGUAUUUGGUACUCCCUAAGUAUGUGAACCAACGUAGUAUGUGUACCGGGUUAUAGUUGGGCCAUAAUGUUAUUCCCAUUUUCAUUAUUUUAGUUCUAUCACGAGUUCGGAGAUUAGCCAAAUAACUCCCGUAUUAUAUGUACAUGAAAUUAUGGCCUAACCUGGUACACAUACUAUGUUCCGGUGUCCGCAAUCUUGGUUUGCACAUUUCGGGAGUACCCCCAUUUAUCUGUAUUAUACACAGAAAUCUUUUCAGCUUGAAACAGUUUUUAGACCCUCGUCAAGACCAUUGAAAUCCCACGAGUUAAGAAUCUUGAAACACACUCGGACCCGCUUGCUUUUACGGUCAAACUUGGUCAUUAGGAAUUUCAGAACACCAUUUUGAAAAUUACUGGCCACGCCCCUGUGAGCAGCUCCGGGCAAAAUUAAGUCAAAUCGCUCAUGCAACUACACAAUAAACCUGAACCUACCCCUUUUCUGGCCGUUUUCUUAAAUCUAUUGGCAUGGUUCAUUCACACACAAAAGUUUUUGUUACCCAUGAGGGCCUAAAACUUCACUGUGGGAUUUUAGAAUUUCAUGAUUGUGCUCUGUUCAUCGAGAUGGAGCUAAAGAGUAAAUCGAGAUCAAUAACUUACGUGUGCGAUCUGAUGCUAAAAAUAGUCACAAAUUUCCUUUCUUUAAAUAGUGUACAUAGUAAAGGCUUUACAUUGUAAUGUAUAUUGAUGAAAAAUUCAGUAUUCAUAUAUCUUAUGUGACAUUUGAUGAAUAAUUUGGUUCUUAUUUGUCAGCCUGUCAAGAGUUGCUUUUUUGGUGUUUUUAUGAACUUCAACUGUUCAUGAAUAAUUAUCUUAGGCUCAUUUAACGCUCU